AUGUGUUCAUUAAUUCAUACAUUGAUUGUUAUAUCGUUGGAAGUGGUGGUGAUCUCGGGUCUGGACAAUGGCUUAUGUCUGACACCACCGAUGGGUUGGCUGUCGUGGGAGAGGUUUGGCUGCAAUAUUAAGUGUCACCUGAAUAGGGAUGAGUGCAUUAGUGAGAAACUGUUCACAGAUAUGGCCGACAGACUGGUGAGCGAUGGCUAUCGGGAUGUGGGCUAUGAUAGGGUUAACAUCGAUGACUGUUGGAUGAGUAGAAACAGGGCUGAAGAU